CUUUAUUUUCCGAAGUACGUGAACGCAACAUUGAGGUUAGCUCGUGGCCAACGCCGCAAUGGACAAUGGUCCAUGUUUGUGCUCUACUGUCACGCUGGAGGAAAACGGACUAACGGUUUGUGACAGUUCUUGCACGGAUGAUGAAUUGGUGGACGCUUUUGGAGACCUGACUGCCCUCCCGGUUGAAGUUGAGGAAAGAAGACCGACCUGUUUACGCUGCCGUCGCCCUCAGAAGGUGUGUCUCUGUCCCUUUCUUCCUCAACAACCACUGGAGGUGUCCACAUGUCUGUACGUAGUGCAGCACCCUGCAGAGGAAAGCAGAGUACUUCGAACUGUGCCUCUUUUAGCUGCAUGUUUGCCACAAGGAAAAUGCAACGUUAUAGUAGGAAGGAGGUUUAAUGAAGAAAAGCAUCCAGAGCUAGCUGCUGUGUGUCAGGAUGACCGAACACUCAUCCUAUACCCUGGACCUAAAUCCCAGAACCUGGAGGAAUUAGUGCAAUGCCAAGAGGUCGCCACCGUGAAACAUAAUGUGAUCAUCAUAGACGGGACAUGGAGCCAGGCCAAAAAUAUGUUCCUGAAAAACAGCAUGUUUCACCUUCCAAAACAGGUCCAGCUGAACAGGACGCUGUCUAGCCAGUAUGUGAUCCGGACACAGCCUUCCAACAUCUGUUUGUCCACGCUGGAGUGUGCUGCUGUGGCUUUGUCCAUCCUGGAGCAGAAAGAUGAGAUCCAAGAGAUACUGCUGAGGCCUCUGAAAGCCCUGUGCUCCUUCCAGCUACAGCAUGGCGCUCAGAUUCAUCACAGCAAAGAGCAUCUCCUUAGGAACGGCAUGUACGACAAACCCAUGCCAAAAAACAAACGCAAGAUUAAAAGAAUGGAGAAACUCAUGACUGACCACAGCAUCUGUCCAAGAUGAGACCUAGAGAAGGAUCUUAGAAUAUCUUUGCACACUUUUUUUCAACAACUUUUGGACUGAAUCAUCUUGAUACAAAUGUGCAAAUAACUGGACUUUUUUUUUCAUUGUUUGUUUAGUUUUUUUAUGCUUGUUUUAUGUUGAGAAUUUGAAUUUAUAUACUGAGUUUUAAAUCAGAGACUGAAGUUUUACUUGAAGUGUUUUACAACAAAUGAGAUUUGUUAGUUUUUUGUUUGCUUUAUCCAGGAGUUGUUUACCCAAAAAUACGGUAAACAAAGGGAUGCUGUUGUGUAUAGUGGUAGCCUUUCCUAUAUAAGGGCUAGGAUUAUUCAAUGUUUUUCACAAAACAAAGUCUUAAAGAAAGAGCAGCAUUUAAGUACAACAAUUACCAAAGCUGUAUAAAUGUUCAUCUUUUUAGUGUUCAAUUUACUAACUGGAUAUGUAAAUAGAUCACUUGUAAAUAAAACCUGUUUGACCUUUAAAA